CUUCUCUCUUUUUCUGGUAAAAAAAAUAAAAUACAACAGCGUUUCAUUUGCAAGUUUAAACUAAGUAUGCAAGUACUUAAAUCAGAGGGCAGACUUUAUUUGAGACUACUAUUUUAAAAGUAUAAAGAGAGCUCUAGAAGGUAGAACAAAAUAUGACCUUUGACCUCAGGUUCGUAGAGACAACACAUGACACAAACUUAAGGUAAAAACUACAAUAGGUAACCAUUGACCUGUUAGCCAAGAAGACAGCAAAACCAUUUAGACCUUUAGCAGCGUCUGGUGCUGCCAGUUGCUUGUUGAUACGAUUGUUGGGUUGGUACUUAAAUUGCAAAAUUACCGGUUAACAAGCUAACUGAGCUAGAAGGAUAAAUAACAGGAAUAAACUAGAGUAGUGACUACAUCUUGAAACGAUGAUGGAUUAGCUAGUUAGCCAAGCUAACACUCAACAUGUUGGCAAACCGUGGAAGUACAUGGUUAUGGUUAGCUAGUAAGUGAGUGAGUGCAAACCAGAAGUCUGUAAAAUGUCCGAACCUCAAAUCAAUGCUUUGCUACAUCUGCAAUAUUUUUUCAGUCUUUGGUUAUAAUUAUUCAAAUAAAGAUAAUCUGUAAAGUUUUUUUUCGCUGUUUUACUGCAGUAAACAAGCACCCUGAUGCUGAAGCUUCGCCACCAAUGAACAACAUGAAAAACAGAUUUUUUUUUUGGGCUUAGACUUUUCAUUCUCUAAGUAUACAGUUUGUGUGGGUAUUAUAAAGUGCAUGUGUUUCGGUGUUUCUGCAUGUCGACCAGUGAGGUCGGCGGUAAGCCUGACUUCUCGCCAGUGUCUUGGCGUGAGUAUUUUGACCAGAUGGAGGAUGUGAACGUGGGACCGGCAGACAGCAGGGAUGUCUUCAGGAUUUAUAAAGCAGGAAAUGAAGGACCUCUACUGGUUCUGCUGCACGGAGGAGGACAUUCAGCCCUCUCCUGGGCCGUCUUCACUAGAGCCAUUGCCAGCAGAGUGACCUGCAGAAUACUUGCCAUGGAUCUCAGGGGUCAUGGUGCAACCCUGGUCCACCAACUAGACAACUUCUCCACUCAAAGUAUGUCAAGUGAUGUAGCCAGUGUGAUUCAAGCAUGCUACGGAGAGACUCCUCCCCCUAUCGUCUUGAUUGGCCACGGUGUUGGGGGGGCGAUCGCAGUGUAUACAGCCAGCAACAUGCUGCUACCUACCACUGUCGGGCUGGUAGCUAUCGAUGUUGUGGAAGGCAGUGCAAUGGAUGCACUUCACAGCAUACAGAACUUCCUGAAGGGAAGGCCCAAGUCCUUCAAGUCCAUGGAGCAUGCAAUAGAGUGGAGUGUCAAGAGUGGACAAAUCAGGAACCUGGAAUCUGCCAAAGUGUCAAUGGUUGGUCAGCUCAAAAGGUGUGAGGUGGAGAAAGCUGAUUCUCUGGAGCAGGCCAGCCCGGUGACCGAUGUGGUCGUCGAGCGCAACGAGGAGCCCAACGAUCAGACCUAUGCCAAUGACGAAGAAAACGCGGCCUCAGAGGUGAGCCAGAGUGUGUAUAAGUGGCGUAUAGACCUGUCGAAGUCAGAAAAGUAUUGGGAAGGCUGGUUUAGAGGAACCUCGAACCUCUUCCUGGCUUGCAACCUGCCCAAACUCCUGCUACUUUCCGGUAUCGGUCGGCUGGACAGAGAUCUGAGUAUUGGCCAGAUGCAAGGUAAAUUUAUGAUGCAGGUGCUGCCCCCCUGUGGCCAUGCAGUGCAAGAAGACACACCUGAGAAAGUGGCUGACGCUGUGGCCUCCUUCCUGUUCAGACACAAGUUUGCUGAAGUCAGAGGGGAAAAUAAAUGCUCCAACUCUCUAUCACGAUGAGGUCUGCAGAUAAGCAAACACGAGCUCCAUCCUCCAGCCCGAAGAAGACCAGUACAGACGUCCAUUUUUAUCACCGACCUUCAUUGUUUUGCAGAAGUAGCUGAAGUCUUUAGUUUUAAACCUUCAAAACGUUACCCAGCUGUUGCACAGUUACAAUUCUGCUCUUAUUAAAACCAAAGUCAACAAUAGUCGUUUUUGUACCCUAACCCAUCUGACGGAACAAAACCGUGGCGCUGACAGGACACAGUGCACACGGGCUGUAUGGAAAUUGUCUGACCUCUCGUAGUCACAGGAUAGUUUCUGGAGAGCACCUAAAACUUUUUUUAUUUUUUUAAAUCUUCCUCCCAUGUCCCCUCAGGGGCUCGGCUACGACUCCGGACUGCAGAAUUUAAGCAAAUAGCAACUAGCUAUCACGUCGGCUGACGGUCACUGCUACCUAGCUGAUUAAUUGAGAAGUAAUGAUGUAAUGAAAUUUAAUUUGUUGAAGCAUGAGACUGAAAUCUUACAGAAUUCUUACACUCCUUGCAUGGUCGUGUUAUCUCACUUGUUUCCUCAAAAAGCAAAAACAUCACGUUAUUUAACCACUGUUGCUUCCUCUAGCUAGCUUGUUUAGUUAUUCCUCAUGGAUGAUUUUUAAACUACCUUUGUUAGUUUUUAGAAGCUCUCUGUUUUGUAUUCUCUUCACGUACAGUAUGUAGCGUUAGCACCCGUUAAGCAUUAUCUUUAGAUGAAUGUUGUUGUUCAGUAUAAACUUCACUGUGACUCA